UUCAGGUCUCGCAGCACGAACUCCUCGAAGUUGGCCUGGGCACACGCCACGUGCAGAUUUUGGUGCUUUCUUGGUAUAAAGGUAAACAAUUCUCUUAUCAGGGGUCCAAGACAGCCUGGUGGUGUUAGAGGCUGCAUCGUAGGACAGCCUAUAACGGUUGUGCCAAAUGCUGAACCAUCCUGAAUGCCUCCAGAUACCAUCCCGAAAGAACCAGGGAAGUAAUCUUUUCUGACAGAAGAGUUAUUUGCCCUAAGAAGCAAGCAGUUCAGUUGAUAAGUUGGUAAGGAUUUCCUGAUGUAAGCAGUGAAGUUAUUUAUUAUUUUAUAGCCUUAUCUUCCACAGGGUGACCAAUCUGUCCAAGUUUGCCAGGUACCGAGGGGGUUCUUGAGAUGCAGGACUUGCCAUUUUAAAACAGGGACAACAAAUUAAUUAACUGCGAUUCUUAAAACCAAGCUUAGUAAUUUUGAGUGCUUGCUUAAUGAAAGUACAUUUUCCUUUAAGAUACUGUGAUAUCUCCCAGUUUUACUGCCGUGGCACAAAGGCAUCAUACUUGUAGAUAACCUGAAAAACAUUAAACUCCCUCCUUUUCUGGCCUAAAAAAUCCAUUCUUUAGAUAAACCACUUAACAGAAAGUAUGGCAGGCUGAAUAAUACUCCCUUUCCCCCACACCAUCCCAGAGAUGUCUGGAUCCUAACCCCUAGAACCUGUAUGUUCCAUUAUAUGGCAGAAGGGCCUUGACAGAUGUGAUUAAGUUCAGGAUUUUGAGGUGGGGAAAUUAUCCUUUAUUAUCUGAGUGGGUUUGAUAUAAUCACAGAAGUCCUUAUAAGAGGGAGGCAGAUGAUGAGAGGAAGAAUUGAUGUCACCCUGCAAACAGGAGAAAAGGCUAUAUUGAUGCGCGCCCAUGGUCCGAGGAAUGUGGGUGGCCCCUGGAAGCCGGAAAAGGCAAGGAAACAGAUUCUGGCCUAAAGCCUCCAGAAGGAACCAGUGCUGCUAACACCUUAAUAUUAGUUCCAUAAGACUCAUUUUGGACUUCUGACUUCCAGAACUACAAGAGAAUGAAUCUUGUUUUAAGCUACUAAAUAUGUGGUAAUUUAUUACACUGGCAGCAGAAGGAAACUAAUACAGAAAAUAUCUGGGAAAUGAACAGCUGUACCAUGCUCCCUUUUGUCAUUAUUUCUAGUUGCUUUUAUGAGCAAAGCUUGUCUUACCUAGCAACAGUUGCUAAGUAAGUUAACAAUUUAAUCUAGAGUCUAGGAGGGAGCAGCUGCUGAAAUCUUCCCAAAUCCAGUGCCCAGCCCUUAUAUGGCAGAGGCUUUCAGUACCGUUCUUCACCAUUAGGCACGUAACCACUACCAAAUCAUGGCGAAUCAUUUAAUCCUUACAAGCCUCUAGCGUUGUCUUCAAACCUUGAACCUCUUCCAGCUUCCUUAAACGUCUAGCUUUCCUUAAAACUACUUUUUCCGGUCCUAAGAGUGUUUUAGCUGUACAUAGUAAAAGACAUCUUAAAUUUAAUUAUGAUCAGAAAUCCGAAUUACACAAAUUUUGUUUGCUGUGCUGUUUGUAAUAAAAUAAUUCCACCAGCCCCUUUUGGGGAAACCUUCAAACGGAUCCGUGAGUACAAGCCAUUUAAGACACGCUUUUACACUCACAGAGAUAUACUGGAUAUUGGGACAGAUAUUCUGAAUAAGGAAGAGAAGUUUCAAGAGGCUGCACUCAAAGAACGUAUUGCAAAAGCAGAAGCUGACAUAUGGGCUAAGGCUGAUAAACGCCAAAGAGAAGCAGUGAAGAAAGCCCUCGAAGAAGCAGAUGACAUGCACAAAAUGAAAAUCCAGAUUCUGAAAGAGGAACAUCAAAAAGAUUUACAGGAAAUGGCAGCUAAAACCAAGAUCAAGUUGCAUCAAAACAUGGAGGAAGAACGGCAGCGAGAGCACCUGGCGGCCGAGCAGCGCAUGGUCCACAGGAUCCAGAGGGUCAUGAUGGAGUGUCACCAGGAGAAGGUGCAGGCCGUGGAGGAAGCCCGGGUGCAGGAGAGGCGCCUGGCCCAGGAGGCGAUCCAGGCCCAGCGAAGAAAGGCCAUGGAGGAACUUGUGAAUGCUGGUGUCACAGUUAUGAAGGAUCAGAAGAAGAGUGUGAACCAAAUGAUAAAGGAAAAAGAACAUGAAAUGAACAUCUACUAUUGCAUGGCUCAGAGGCAGAAGCAAGAAGAGGUUCAGGAAGUGCUUCAAGAAGCAGAGAAAACCCAUCAGGCCACGCUUGGAAAUGUGAUGGACAAACUGGUUAACACACAGGGCGAGCUGCUGUCCAUUGCGAAGCAACUGGGAAUGAUGACAAACUGGAAGGACUUCCUGGAGGAGGAGUUACAGGAAACCAGGGCAGCGUUUCAAAAAUACAUCAAUUACACGUUUCCAGAGCUCUCGCCGGGACACGCAGAUUUUAUUCUGCCAGAAAGAAAGAAAACACCUUCCAAUCUUAUUAUUCAGGAGAAGCAAACAACUCUUGAUUAGACGUCUUCAUCUGAGAUUUCACUAUAAAAGACUAAAUAAAUUCACUCAAAAACGAUUUAUUGAUCCCGGUUAUGUUCAGGGUACUAUUGAGCUGUGAGCGUUUUGAUGGAAAACCAUAAUAUUCAAAAGCACCCUCCAGGCUACCAUGAGGUUCCAAGUCUAAUAGAGGAGAGAGAAUGGUGAAAGGGGUCAAAACUGACUAGGAGGGGAAAAGAUUUCUUGGAAGAAGUCUAAACAGACUUCUGUAUCUGGCUUUACUCACAUUUACAUCAGAUAUUUAACUAUUUUAGUAUUUGCUGCAGUUAAAAAACAGUAAAGGGACAUGUUCUUAGAUGGUUUCCGUUGUGGGGAGGUGUGCUGCCUUCUAAUAUGUCUAGUAAUCUAGUCUAGAGAUUAUUUGGUGAGCUGCAAUAGCUUUGUAUGAAAAAAGCAAUGUUUGUCAAAUUCAGUAGGAUAAAACUUAAAUUCCAGGAAGCCUAUAUACAAUAAUUCAGAAAGGACUCCCUUAUACUUGCCAUUUGUGACAGAAAAAUCUGUCUUUAGAGGUCAGAUUCCCUGUCUCAGGGAUGGGGAGUCCCCUUAUGUUUAUACCCAAGCCCAGGAGUGCAUGGAACUCAUCUUCUUUGGGUCAAAAUGCAGAAAAUCAUUGUGUACCACAACGCUCAAGACUGACAAAUAUCAACAUCUACUGAACUGAAAUGGAAGAAAACCCAAGCUGUAAAGACUGCUCCAAAAAAUCUAUCCACUUUAAUGUAGUAUCCUUAAAUUAUUAAUCACCAGCCUAUACUGGUGGCUUUAAAAUUAAAUACCUGGAAAGCAUUUUUCAGUAAAUGAAAAAGUGCUGUUGUCGAGCAAGCCUUAGGUGGAUUUGUUUACAUUGACUGGUCUGGGGUUUCCUAAUGAUAAAAGCAGUGAUCUGUUUACAACUGCAUAAUGGACUACACUCUCCUAGUGUUGAGCUUCCUGGUUCUGCAGGGCUAUUGCAGUCCAUACUAAUCGAUUGCCUAGGGGCUGGAAGUCAGAACGUUUGUGCAGUAGUUUACACGGCUUUUUCUAGUGUGUUCUUCUCAUAGCAAUCAGUGGGAUGAGGCAGGACGGGGUGGUUGCUAUCCCAUUUUGACAAGUGAUAAAGUGGAAACUACUAUGUACAAAAGUAUUUACAUAUGUGAAGCACUUUUCUUAAGCUGAAGUACAGUUGAUUUACAAUAUUCUGUUAGUUUCAGGUGUACAGCAAAGUGAUUCAGUUAUAAAUAUAUAUAUUUUUUCAGAUUAUUUUCCAUUAUGGGUUAUUACAAGAUAUUUAAUACAGUUCCCUGUGCUAUACAAUAAAUCCUUAUUGUGUAUCUAUUUUAUAUAUAGUAGCGUGUCUAUGUUAAUCCCAAACUCCUAAUGUAUCCCUCCCCUCACCCCUUUCCCCUUUGGUAACCAUAAGUUUGUUUUCUAUGUGAGUCUGUUUCUGUUUUGUAUAUAGAUUCAUUUGUAUUAUUUUUUAGAUUCAACAUA